AGUGUUUUAAGAUGCCACAGUCUUUAGGGGCAUUAGGAGGAAAACCAAAUAACGCCUAUUAUUUCAUAGGAUUCUUAGGUGAUGAGCUCAUCUUCUUGGACCCUCACACAACCCAGACCUUCGUUGACACUGAAGAGAAUGGAACGGUUGAUGACCAGACUUUCCAUUGUCUGCAGUCCCCACAGCGAAUGAACAUCCUGAACUUGGAUCCUUCUGUGGCUUUGGGAUUUUUCUGCAAAGAAGAAAAAGACUUUGAUAACUGGUGUAGCCUUGUUCAGAAGGAAAUCCUAAAGGAGAAUUUAAGGAUGUUUGAAUUAGUUCAGAAACAUCCAUCACACUGGCCUCCCUUUGUACCUCCAGCUAAGCCAGAAGUGACAACCACGGGGGCAGAAUUCAUUGAGUCUACUGAACAACUGGAGGACUUUGACCUGGAAGAAGAUUUUGAGAUUCUGAGUGUGUAGAAUAGUGGGAACUCAGUUUGGAGGUCUGUCUUCCAUCUGGCACCACAAGAACAUGAACUUGUUACAUAAAACUUUUCUAGUCAGCAAGUGCCUGAUAUGCCAACAGCAUACAAAUUCAAUAGCAAUCAUGACUGAGCCAAUUAUCAUUUCUCAGAAAAAAAUGACACCAACCCUUCCCCGGGAAGAAAUAGAACAAUCAUGGAGUCUAGGAGCAAAAAGUUUAGGAGUUCGUUGCUUCCCAGCUUGCCUUACAUGGCUACAGCAAGUCUUCAGCUGCUGAGAUAAGGACAUUUGGAAGACAGACAGCAGCUCCCAUCUCGCUUCAAGCACCAGCAGAUGAGAGAUGGUUACGCUGUUCUUCUUCACACUUUCAGGUGUGACCUCUUUGGAGCUAAAUACUAAGAAGCAACCUGUUCUCUUGCUCAAAUAAUAAACUUACUGAAUCAGGGAGAAAAGUUCUUGUUAAAUUAUUUGAAUAUAUAUUUUAAAUAAUUAUGCUUUAUAUCAAAAUAUUUGUCAAAAAUUAUUUUAAAUAUACACUUCUUGAUUGUGUUCCUAUUUGGAGGAAGCUUACUAUUAUUUGAUGAUAGUCUUCAUCCUUACUAAUACUUUUGUCAGAUGUCAUCAUGUCCUGAAAUCAAAUCAUCAUUUAAAUCAGAGGUCAGAAAACUUUUUCUGUAAAGGGCCAGAUAGUUAAUAUUUUAGACUUUUCAGGUCAUGUGUCCUCUCUCACAACUAUUCAACUCUGUGCAAAGGCAGUCAUAGACAAUUUGCAUGUGACUGAGCAUGGCUGUAAUCCAAUAAAACUUUAUUUACAAAAACAAAUGGAGGGCUGGAAUUGGCCUUGCCAAUCUCUAAGAUUGUUGACUCUUGU